AUUUAAUUCAUAAUUGUUUCUUUACAGGUUACCUCCAGAAAGAAGAAUAUUGACCCCUUGAAUUCUGGAAGUUCAUUGAAGAAUCUGAAAUUAAGGACUUAUUUCAAAUUUGGACAUGGCUAAUCGAGGCGCAACACGACCCAACGGGCCAAAUACUGGAAAUAAAAUAUGCCAGUUCAAACUAGUACUUCUGGGAGAGUCUGCUGUUGGCAAAUCAAGCCUAGUGCUUCGUUUUGUGAAAGGCCAAUUUCAUGAAUUUCAAGAGAGUACCAUUGGGGCUGCUUUUCUAACCCAAACUGUAUGUCUUGAUGACACUACAGUAAAGUUUGAAAUAUGGGAUACAGCUGGUCAAGAACGAUACCAUAGCCUAGCACCAAUGUACUACAGAGGAGCACAAGCAGCCAUAGUUGUAUAUGAUAUCACAAAUGAGGAGUCCUUUGCAAGAGCAAAAAAUUGGGUUAAAGAACUUCAGAGGCAAGCAAGUCCUAACAUUGUAAUAGCUUUAUCAGGAAACAAGGCCGACCUAGCAAAUAAAAGAGCAGUAGAUUUCCAGGAAGCACAGUCCUAUGCAGAUGACAAUAGUUUAUUAUUCAUGGAGACAUCAGCUAAAACAUCAAUGAAUGUAAAUGAAAUAUUCAUGGCAAUAGCUAAAAAAUUGCCAAAGAAUGAACCACAAAAUCCAGGAGCAAAUUCUGCCAGAGGAAGAGGAGUAGACCUCACCGAACCCACACAACCAACCAGGAGUCAGUGUUGUAGUAACUAAACCUCUAGUUUGAACUAGCUGGAAUAGUCUUCUGCUUCCUAAAUGUUAAUAACAAUGGAAUUGGAGCAUUUAACCAGCCCAGUAUGACUUCCAAAAGAAGAGACUUAUGAUAGAGUCAAGUUUCUAAUACAGAAUUAUUUUAAGUGUUUUGAACUUAAUUUUUAAUAACAUGCAUGGGUCCUUCUCACUAAUGUUUCAACAAUAGGGAAAAAAUGAGAACUAUGUGGACACUUGUUUCAUUGGAAGGUUAGGAGGAAUAAUUUCUCAUCACUAGGAAUAUAGACAGAUGACUGUCUGGACCCACACAGUUAACCAGCCCAUUUCUCCACACUGGUACAGUAGUCACCUGUGAAAAAAAAUUUGGAACUUACUAAUUUGGGCUUUUCAAAAACGUCCUUUUUUUAGAAGGAGAUUCUAAAGUUAUUUAUGAUGCUUAGCCAUAGUAUUCAGGCAAAUGUUCAUUUCUCCUGGUAUCUGUAUUUAAAAUGUACAUUCCACAUUUUAAUAAAUUAGCCACAAGAAAAUAAUCCCACAUAUACAAAAUCGGGGGGUGGGGAAGAGUAUUCAUGGUAUCUUAAUUAUAGCCAGUCCCGUUUUUUUUUUUAAAUGGGGUAAAAAUCAAAUGCAAUCCCAUCUUGUUUUAAGAAUUUGAGAACUAAUAAAUGCACCUUAAUGGAUAGUGUUCCUUUCAAACAUGUGAGUUCUUUAACAAAAAUGAAAUAAACCAGGUGUCUGAUUUCCGAUUAAUCACUGCUGGCCAUUACAUAGGUUUUGUUGUUUGGGGCAGGGAGGGGGCUUUUGUUCCCUUUUGACAUAAUAUAGUCAAUGCACUAACAAUUAUGUAUAUUCAAACUUGAUUAUUUUAAAUUCGAUCUUCAGCUGUACUGUAAAUAGGGUACUGCAUUGUAGUCUCCAUAUCUGUAUUACUUUUCUGUAAUAUUUAAGAGUUGCUUAAAAGUAUACAAAAUGUACAGUUACUAAAAUAGCUAAUUAUUUCUCUCUCCCCCUUGGACAAGAAGGGGCUUCAGUUGUUCCUCCAUGGCUAGAACCAUAAUAAACAAUGUACCCGUAAUUUGUAACAUAAAGUAUUGCAAUAUGUUAGUAACAAUCUUGCAGCCUUCUUUUCCAAAGUUCAUUUUAUUUUGAUCAGUUCAGUAUAUUGCACUAAUUAUUUUAGGUAUUUUCAUUAUAUGAAAGCUACCAUGUGUCAGAGAUGAUUUAGUCUAUUUAAGUGUUGGACUGCUAGGAGAACUUGUACAUUUACAAUAAUGCAGAAUUAGGAAAACGGUUCACCAGUGUUUAGUUUUAUAUUGAGGUGCUCAGGUUGGAAUAAAGUGGUAUAAAAAGCAA